UAUUUGUAGUGAAACUGUGGUGUACAAUUUGCCAAAAAAACAGUUACUUCCCACUUAUUAUAAUUAAUCCAUGGUAAUAAAUGCUCAUAAAGAGUUUUUCCAAAAAUAAUGUAUCAAACUAUUUUAAAGUUGUGAAAAUUACAUGAUUUAGAACUUUUAUACAGUGCGCGCCGUUUUCAGACGCAUUAAAUUCAACAUGGCGUCCAACGUAGCACUACGGUCUUUGGUGGCCAAUCUCAGUUUUACGAUAACUUCAAAACAGCCCGCAAAGUGAAAUAAUACAAGAGUCUACAUGUGUUUGUUUUGACCAACAGAGCGCGAUUUAUGGUGCAUCUUCCUUUACUACUCAGUUUCUCACGUUAGUUUUGUCAUUGAAAAUUGGACCAGAAUGAACGACCAACACCGUAUUACUAUCAUCUUCAAAGAGGCGGGUCUCCCGGUAUCCGGGUCUCCUCAUAGAAGAGUCGCUGCGCUCCGGCGGAGUUUAUUUCAGUCAGACUCUCCCGCACCGCGAGCUUCUCCUGCUGCUUUUGGACUGAACUUCCCAGGACUGCUUCCUCCGGGAUGGCCGCGUCGAUUCUGGAGGAGGAAACACGUUAUGGAUCCAGUCCCUUGGCUAUGCUGACCGCCACCUGCAACAAGUUUGGGAACACCAGUCCAGUCCGAGACUCCGCCACGCCUGGUAAAGCGGGAAGCACGGCUCCAAUAAAGAAAGCCUACAGUAUGACAUCUGAACUCCAGAGCCCUAAGAAUAACGUGCGAGGCAAUGAGGGCAUCGCGGACUCUUACAGCGGCUCCUUCAGCUCCGCCGGGGGUUUGCUCACCCCGACCGGCAGCCCUCCUCCUGCUCCCACGGGAGCGUACGGCUCCGAAUACAACCCGUUCUCCAGUUUCCAAACCUCCAGUGCCUCUCAGGACCCUUCGCUUCUGGGGACCAAAGCCACAGCGGACUGCCUGACCAGCGUCAACACCUACUUGGACAUGACGCAUCCCUACGGCUCCUGGUACAAGGGCAUCCAUCCCGGAAUCACGGCGGCUCCUGCGAACGCGACAUCUUCUUGGUGGGACGUCCACACCAACUCAAACUGGCUAAGCGCAGGACAACCUCAACCCGAGAGCCUCCAAGCGCCCUUGCAACCCGUCGCUCCUCAAGCGUCCCUCAACCCCCAGAUGCCUAGCUACACUCCCGAUUUCACGUCUCUAAACCCGGCGCAGUACUCGUCCGUAGGCUUGAGUUCAUCCUCGCACCUGCUCCAAUCCUCACAGCACAUGCUCCCGCAGGACAUGUACAAGCCCAAACCCGUCCCAAGUUCUGGAAUCCUGGACAAUUCCAUGGGGCUCAAACCGGCUCGGGGAUCUCCCGGAUACACCGGCGGAUCUACCACCGGAAGGUCUUCUUGCGAUUGCCCGAACUGCCAAGAGUUGGAGAGGCUUGGCGCCUCGGCUGCAUCCCUGCGCAAGAAACCCGUCCACAGCUGCCACAUUCCCGGCUGUGGGAAAGUCUACGGCAAGGCCUCGCACCUGAAAGCCCACCUGCGUUGGCACACGGGCGAACGACCCUUCGUCUGCAACUGGCUCUUCUGCGGGAAGCGGUUCACUCGCUCCGACGAGCUGGAGCGCCACGUCCGCACCCACACUCGAGAAAAGAAGUUCACAUGUCUACUGUGCAAUAAGCGCUUCACUCGUAGCGACCACCUCAGCAAACAUCAGAAGACCCACGCGGAAGCCAGUCUGCAAGGGAAGGGGCCAGAAGAAGAGGCGGAGCCCAGAGGAACCGAGGAACCGACGGAUUCCGGUAAAGUGGCUCCUCAGGGGCCCGCCGGUGGCAUGCAGGACACAACAGUUGGUGGAGAAGAAAAAAACAGCACAGGGAACGGUGUGGACAGCAGCAGCGGGCUGCUGGAGAUAUAAAAGCGCUGUGUGAGGAAUCAGAUGAAGACUCUGACAAGUGGAGCUACUGUUGCAUUGGUGCUAAGCUGCGUAUAAAAUGAUAUCCUGUGCAAAAAAAAUUUUUAAAAUUGUUUUUAUUAUGCAAUCUGUUUUUAGGAACUAGUUGAAUGUGCUCCACAGAGAGCAGCGCACCAUGAACAUUUGAACAAAACUGACAGGUUUUGGGAGAAAUUAUUUGUUUUACAAAGAAUUUCAGACACAUGUUUGUCUGGAGAGGCCUAGUUUUUGGGAGUAUUUUUAAAUAUUUUAAUGUCUGCAAAUUAUUAUUGAAUUAUUUCUUACUCUUUGUUUUAAAUUCCUUCUUUUUGACAACUUUCAGAGCUGUUUUUGAAGCCCAGCGUUGAGUAGAUUGUGUAUCUGACAUUUGGGCUUCCAAUCGAUGCACGUGUGAUUUGUUUUUAUUUAAUUAAAAUUGAUUUCUUUUAUUUUUUUAAUCCUGAAUGCUUUCUUGAGGACUCGUUACUUUGAUAGAACUGAUCAGGACGUAAUCUUCAGUUUAGGCUGCAAAGAGGCAAUCUGGUGUACAGUGAACCGUUUUCUUUUAUUUCAUUAUUGGUCCUGUCGCUUAUCAUUGUUUUAUUUAAUUUCCUAUUUACGUCAAAUCUAAUUUAUGUUUUAAAUUAUGAGACAAUGUUGUGUUUCACUGGUUUUGCUGAAUGGAGGUAGACCAUGAAGCGAGUCAUUUAUGAAUAAAUUAAGUCUUCUCAUUCACGUGAUGGUUUUAUUUAUUGUUUAUUUGGACGGAUCGAUAUGAACUUCCUUUGAUUGAAUCUUUUAAGCAGAUUUUUAAAACAGAAUUAAGAAAGACAUUAUGUAUGAAACAUCAGCUUUUGUUGUAAAAUCAUAAAUAAACAGUGGAAAUAAGAUCAGUGAGACAGAUUUCAUGAAUUGAUUAUAGUAUAAGUCAAACGUCAAGAGUUUUACAUUUG